UACAGUCCCGAGAUGUCGCGGCGUGCGUUGAGGCGGUUGCGGGGGGAGCUGCGCGGGCAGGCGCUGCCGGAGGCGGAGGAGGACGAGGAAGAAGAGGAGGAGGAGGAGGAAGAGCAGCUCCCGGCGGCUGGGCCCAGGCAGGACGGAGCGAGCGCCAGACGGAGGAAGCCCCGCCAAGAGCCGGCCAGGCGGGUCGCCAACCUCUUCGAGCUGAUAACUAGUGAUGAUCCGGAGGCUGAACCAGCAUCCAUUGAGGAGAGCGAUCAUUCUAGGCUUCAGGAGGAAGGGCACACCGGAGACAAAGAAGAAGCUGAAAAUGUACAUCUGGUGAAUGACCAGAGGAAAGAUGGAGGAGAGAGGGAUCAGCUGGACAAGAUGGCUGCGUCAAGCAACAAAUCUCGAAAGAAGAAGAAAAAAAGAAAGAAUAAGAAAAGCACGGCCAGUGAGCCUUUUUGCCCCCAGAAUGAAGCCGAUGUAGAAGACAUUGAGAGUGUCUUGGAGAGGCUGGACUGUUCUACUGGGCUGUGGUGCCAAAGCCAAGGAAGGGUCAUUACAGACAGUCGCCCGCUGCUCUACGUGGAACACAGGAACUUGAAUCCAGAAACUGAGCUGAAGAGAUAUUUUGGUGCCCGAGCAGUUCUCGGUGAUCAGAGGCCAAGGCCAAGGCAGCGGCAACAUCUCCGCAGCACGUGGCUGACGGUGCCCAAGAGUGCUUGGCCACGCCAUAGCAAAACAGGUCUCUCCAUGCAGCUGCUUGAGACCAAGCGGGGGGAGCAGCAGUUUGCAUUCGAGCACCACCGAGAGUACCAGCAGGUGCAGUUCAAGUUCUUGGAUGCUGUGGAGUCCAUGGACCCCAACAACCUCGUGCUUCUGCUCCAGGUGAACCCUUACCACGUGGACUCGCUGCUGCAGCUGAGCGAUGUGUGCCGGAUGCAAGAGGACCAGGAGAUGGCCAGAGACCUUGUGGAGAGGGCACUCUACACCCUGGAGUGGGCCUUCCACCCCAUGUUCAGCCUCACCAGUGGGACCUGCAGACUUGACUACCGGAGGCCAGAGAACAGAGCUUUCUACCUGGCCCUCUUCAAGCACAUGAUCUUUCUGGAGAAGAGAGGUUGUCCUCGCACCGCCCUGGAGUUCUGCAAGCUAAUCCUGAGCCUGGACCCGGAGAAUGACCCCUUGUGCAUGCUGCUAAUGAUUGAUUUACUGUCGCUUCGAGCGAGGGAGUAUGCCUUCCUGACACGCAUCUUUCAGGAGUGGGAGAGUCACCGGAACCUCUCCCAGCUGCCAAACUUUGCCUUCUCGGCUCCUCUGGCCUAUUUCUUUCUGAGCCAGCAGGAAGACGUCUCAGAAGCAGAGUCCAACCAAGCCCACGCGAAAGCUGCUGGACUCGUUCGGCAGGCGCUGGUCAUGUUUCCAAGCGUUCUGAUGCCCUUGCUGGAUCACUGCAGCGUGCAGCCGGACGCGACGGUUGCUUCCCACCCAUUCUUUGGACCAAAUGCCCAGCUAAGUUCUCCUCCGGCGUUGAAUCAGCUGGUUGCCCUCUACCUCGGGCGGGCCCAUUCCCUGUGGAAGGACCCGGCUGUCAUGGCCUGGCUGGAAACAAACGUGCACGAAGUGUUGCGGCUGGUGGACUCCGGGGAUCCAGCCUUGGAAGAGGCCGAGCAGAAGCGGAAGGUGCGGUACCAGAGUGCGCCCAGGAACAUCUACCGUCACGUGAUCCUCUCGGAGAUAAGGGAAGCCACUGCAGCAUUGGUUCCGGAAGUGACGUCUCAGCCUAUAAUGGGGUUUGAUCCGCUGCCGCCGCCGGACUCCAUUGUGUCCUACACACGCCCAGAAAGGGCUAGCCGUCCAUCCAACGAAAGCACUCUGUCACUCUUCUUCCGCUCGCUGCUGCCGAGCUUCAACUUGCAGGGAGAAGUUGGAGCUGCUGGAGAGGAGGAGCCGGGUGCGGGGCCAGAUCUGAACCAGGGUGUAAAUAGGCUGAUGGCAGCCAUGCGUGAUAUGCUGGCCAACAUCCAGUUCCAGGAGCCGCCACGUGACGACAAUCCUGAGGCAGACGGAGGGGAUUGGGACUGAGCAUUUCCCUCCCCCGUUGUAACCUCCCUGGUCAUGCAAUAAACAGUCCUCAGCAGAA